AUGACAACCCCUCCUGAUACAACUUCGCCACCGUCAAGAUCUCGUAGCUUCCGUGCACCUUCCUUGGACGACGGCCGCAUUCUCGUCGAUUAUAACAUCCAGAACGAAUCCACUCUCCACCUUGCUCUUCGUCUUCGUGGUGGAGCUAAGAAGCUUUCUGGAACUGAAGCUGAAACUUUUGCUGCUGAAGAAGUGGAUGAUGUUGAUGGAGAAGAUGAAGAUGGUGUUGUUGAACGUUUAGAAUUUGAUGAACGUUUUGUAACUUUUCUUGUUCCAACACCAACUGGUAUGUUCCUUAAAGCACCACCUUUUGCCCAAUAUCUUUUGCAAUGUUCUUGUUCUGGAAAAUUUGGUUUCAUGGGUUGA